UUAGGUGUUGCUAAAUAUGAAUACACCAAGCAUUUCGUUUCUCAUUUUAUAUGUAUCUCAUUUUAUUUAUCCUCUUUUGAUGCCACUGGUGUCCAGAUAAUCGAGAACUGUAUAUCGAUGUCGAAAUAUUUUUGUUCUCUGUAGAGCAUAAUAGGUAUAUUGUAUUCGACUGAAUUCGACAUCAAUAAAAUUGUGUAUAAAUUUAAUUUUUCACAAGAUUUUGAAUUUUGAUAAAUAGAUAUUUUUAAUAUUGAAAUAAUUUUAUUCUGUAUUGAUAAUUAUAUUUAAACAUUGUGAUGGAACAGUGGAUUAGCAAAAAUUUGUCUAAUAUAUUAGAUUUUCAAGUACCGGAAGAUUUAAUACAACAUAUUCUCUCAAUUGAAAAUGAGGUUGAUUUAAAUGACUACAUGAAAACUUUAUUAGAUUUUGAUAAUCCUCAACAUAGAAAUUUCUUCUUAGAGUUAUCAAAAAAAAUAUUUUCUUCUAAAGGAAGUUCCAUACCAAAACAAAACAAAAAGAAAACAUCAAAAGGUAAGCAGCAGCAACAGGAGGUGAUUUCACCGGAAGUGCAGCCAGCACAGAAUUCAGAGGAGUCCAAGUCAAAGAAGAAAACCAAGUUUGUUAAUUUGUACUCUCAAGAGGGCAAAAAUGCUCAGGUUGUGUUGUUAAAAGGUCGCCAUCGAUGUGACUGCCAAGCGUCAAAACAUGAACUAGUUAAUAACUGCUUGCAAUGUGGCCGGGUUAUUUGUACACAGGAGGGCUCCGGACCAUGCCUUUUCUGUGGCAAUCUUGUUUGCACACCGGCAGAGCAGAAAGAGAUUAACGCUAAGACGAAAGCUAGUGCUAAGCUAAUGGAAUCACUUCUGGAAAGGAGCAGACCAAAAGGAUGGGAGGAGGCCUUGUCUCACAGAAAUAAACUGCUGGAAUAUGACAGAACUAGUGAGCGCCGCACCCGGGUGACCGACGACGACAGCGACUAUUUCAACGUGAACAGCGUGUGGAUGAACUCCAACGAGAAGGAGAAACUGCAGAAGUACCAACAGGAGUUGCACGACAAGAAGCACGCGUCCAGACUUCAGAAGAAGAUGACCUUCGACUUUGCUGGUCGUCAAGUGGUCGAGGACAAUACGAUAGAUUACGAAGUAGACGAGGACAAGAUAAGGCAGAUGGGUUCCGAUGGUCGUGUACCCGAGUGGUUGCAGCAUAAUGCGUUCACAGCCGGCCCGGGUCUGACCGGCGACAGAGACGUGGCGCCCGGUGUUAACGCACCUCUACUCCAGUUCGACCCGUCAGUAGACAACAAGGGUUACGCUUCAGCAUUGAAGAGCUCAGGUCUUCAGUUGUCGCGUAUACAAGACGGUGAGAUGCAGGAGAUGAGCGACACCGGCCGCUGCCUCUCCAUGCAUCAGCCCUGGGCCUCUUUGCUCGUUGAAGGCAUCAAAAUGCACGAGGGUCGCACGUGGUACACGAACCACCGCGGUCGUUUGUGGAUCGCGUCCACCGUGAAACCGCCAGACCAGAAUAUCAUCAAGGCGAUAGAAGACCAGUACAGGUCUUUGUACCCAGAUGCACAGCUGAAAUUCCCCACGUUCUACCCAACCGGUUGCUUGCUGGGCUGCGUUAGCGUGGACGAUUGUUUGCCGCAGGAGGAAUAUCAGAAAGUUUAUCCGAAUGGAGAGAGUGAGAGUCCAUACGUGUUUAUUUGUUCAAACCCCAUCAGUUUGAGGCUACGUUUUCCAGUCAAGGGACAGCAUAAGAUAUAUUCGUUGGACAAGACAAUCCACCUUGCUGCGACCAAGUGUAUUCAGAAGUUGUCUAAAUCCCAAACUGAUGAAGCAAAUGCUGGUUAAAUAAACGAUAUAUUUAAUUUUUGUACCGAAAGAUUAUCUUAUGUUUGAGAGAAAGUUGAAUAAAA